AUGUCUGCCAACAAUGACAAGAAGAUUCGCCCAUUUGGAAUGGGUUGGAAGGAACAAGGGCAAAACCGAGCCGGCGCCAACGGAAACUCUGCUCUCCAACGCAAUGAGUCGAACCGUGCUUGGGAUUGCGAAAACGUGUUCUACGAUGCAACUGGCGGUCGUCGCAACUAUAAUCGAUCGAUGCGCAAUACUUCAGCGUCGAAUGGAAUUAAAUCGAGGAACCAACACGACGCGGCCAACCGCACCUUCGGCCACGAGCAAGAAUAUUACAAUGCUCCGAGAAAGUUCAGCCAUCCAUCAAACAGGUCCUACUGUGCUAACGAAGCGCCGUAUUUCCAUCCGACUGGUGAUGGUUACAACAAAGUGCAACGUGCGCGUGUCACGAGCAAUACAAGCACCAAUAGUGGGACGUGUCGUGAUGAAUUGAGUGGAAGUAUUGGUGGUGGUCGAACAACGAAAAGUUCCAGAAUCAAUUCUGCAACGUCGAAUGGGAACUUGACGUUCCACGGCUAUUCAGGCUACCAACAUGAAUACUCGAAGGCCAGCGAAGAACGAAUCCAUUCGAGAUAUGUCAAUCCAAAUGGUGGAAAUCGUACGAAUAGUGAUUCCAGCAGCUAUCCAGUUCCCGCUGUCAACUACACUAAGAAGUUAUUUUCCCAAAACGCGGUCAAAUCCUUCGGCUCCUAUCAGAAACAGGAAACAGGGAAUGAAAGUGCGGGCGAGCACCGAGGACGUGACAACCAGCGCAGAAGCCGCAACGCCAGAGCUUGGUCUGCUGUUGGAGCUGGUAACAAGACUUUUAAUGGAUAUGAGCUGCAGCUCGACAAAUCCUUCUUGGAGACGGAUUCUAUGAUGUGUGAUGAGGUGUUUGACGACAACACCACGUUGGACACCACUUCUGGACAGAAGAAAUCGUCGGAACGACUCGAUCACCAAGGAUCACCUUGUCGCUCCAGAUAUGAUCGUUCCCGUUCAAACAAGUCUUUUUCAGCGUUGAACGGCUCACACAACAUGGACUACAUCCCAGUCAAGCAUCGUCCAGCCAGAAAAUCGGAUGAUUUGCACUGCGCCCGUCCACCACUCCCACGCGGUGACGAGAAAGUCGAUUCGAAUAAAACAUUCUCUGCAAUUCAAUAUGGAAGCUCUCAAGCCAAUAUCACCAUCAGAGGAGGUACCCGUAAAGCGGACAUCAUCCCACUGAAACUUCGCCCGGCGGGACUCGUCUCUCAGGAAAACGAUAGUUAUCGUUCCCGAUCAAACCCAAGAUUCGGCAAAAAGCCGUUCUAUAAGCAUGAAAAUAACCACGCGAAAGGAGUCGACACUACUCUUCAGAUGAUUUACAAAGGACAUGGAGCUGAACAUAAAUGUCUUGCGAACAAUGACAAGAGUGCGGCAAAGUCCACUGGAGCUGGAACGCAAAAAUGUGUCACAUCUUGUUUUGAGAAAGAAAUCGGUGGACACAAUCUCGUUGAGAAUCAAGAAGAAAUGCCACGCGGCGGCGAAAGAGACAAUUUGAAUGAGACGCCGAAUUCUACUCAAAAAGAGAGCUGUCAAGGCAUUCAAACCGCUACUAAAGGAGAUACCCGUAAAGGGGACAUCAUCCCAUUGAAACUUCGCCCGGCUGGAGUUACUCCCGAAAAGAACGAAGGUCGCCAGUCCCAAUUGAAACCAAAAUUUGGAAACAAGUCGUUCGAUGAGUAUAAGAACUCUCAUGCCAAAGGACUCGACACGGCUCGUUGUGUACAAAUCACGGAUUCCAAGUUGAAUAAUUCCGUCGUAUGCGUCACUGGUGAACCGAAUGAUACUGCCUGCUCCGUUAUGAAACAAUCCUAUUUCGUUAUGCAAGGCAAAACUGUCAAAGCUGAGAUGAGUGAAAAUCGGGAAAGACUUGGAUCGGAAAAUCCAGAUCAAGUGAUCAAUGAUAUCAAUGCCGGAAAGGCCACUGGUGCCAGAACGGCAAAUUGUGUCACAUCUCAACUCGAGAAAUGGAUCGGUGGACACAUUCAGUAUGAGAGUCAAGACGACACUGGAGUCUACCAACAAGCUGCUCUCAAACACAAUCAGUCGUUUGCUGGCUUUGACUCAUCGUAUUCGGAUUACACCGGUGCGAAAAAAGAUGAACAGCUAUCUAACUACGUUGCUGCAGUCUCGGACGAUGGAUGGGGAGUCGAAGCUUUGAGUGACGUUGUCACGGAGCGUGCCGUUGUUGUGAGCAAGGCCGAGCCGACCGAUGGAUGUGUUAUGAAAGUUCCGAAGGAUUGCACAAUGGAGGGCCAAUGGAUUCAUUGCAUGAAGUUGAAAGAGUUCUCAUGUGAGAUUCUUCCAAACGAUGAAAAUGUCGGUAUAUACACAUGCAUUGCCGGAGGAGUUAUUUCAAUGCCUUAUGUGGUCGUGGUUGAAAACUAUGCAAUGUUCUACCGCACCGACGAUGAGGAGGCCCAGAAAAUGCCACCGCAUUUCGAAUUCCAGCUCAUUCCACUGGUGGAGCCUCUGGAUAACCGCGUCGUUCCCGGUGUGUACCGUUACAUCUCUAGUGAUCACGAGAUCUAUCCGCAAGUCGUGGAGCUCAUUGAUAUGGGAAGCGCAUACAGCUCGAGAGAUCUUAUGGACAACAAAGCUGAUCGUCUCAACAUGGCCUCAACUUCUGUGGCUUCUGAUCCAACCAAUAAUGAAUAG